AUGGCAUUCGUAACUUUUAUGAAGGCUAAUCCGGCAUUAGCGCCGCUGUUUCUCUUCGCUGGAGCUGGUUGCGCUGCUGCUGUCACAUAUCCACUAUACCUUUUGCGUACCCAUCCAGAAAUCUUGGUUGACCGCAAGAAUAACCCUGACCCAUGGAAUCGUGUUCAACAGCACCAAAACAUCAAGUUCUUCAAUGUCAAGCCUGAAUUCUAUGCUGCGCGCAAGAACCUUGAACGACCUUCAUUCUAG